UUGUUGUUGUACGAGUGCUAUUUGAGUUGUUCUCUUGAAACAUUAAUCUUUGUCAAAAAACGGAAUUAAAUCGCGAACAUUUUCGUGCGAUUUUCGACGGAGAUUAAACCAACACCAAUGUGCGGAUAAAUCUGGUGAUAAAGCACCAUUUCGAACCACCGUGUUUCGCUGGUUUUCCGAAUUCACUCGAGGUCACCGUCCACUACCGAAUGAUUUUCGUGAAGGUCGUCCAAAAGCGGCUGUUGUACCAGAAAACGACAAACAUAACCAAAUAUUGCAAGAUCGUCAUGUGGCAUAUGAAGGCAAACUUGGGCAUUAAUUCCACUCAAUAUUGCAUGAACGUUUGGUUGUCAAAAAGAUUUGUUCACGUUGGAUACUGAAUAAUUUGAAAAUCGAUCAAAAAAGCUCGUGUCGAUUGAUGCAAAGAAAUGCUGAAAACAUUUCGAAAGACGUGUGUGUGUGUGUGUAUAAGAUCGUGCAUGCUUCUACGACUGAUUGCGACGCCUGGCAGAAUCAGGUUUAACACAAACAAAGACGGUUACCUGAGUAUAGAUGAGCUGAAACGUAUGAUGGAAGUCUUGGGAGCUCCACAAACACAUUUAGGACUGAAAGCGAUGAUUAAGGAAGUAGAUGAAGAUGGAGAUGGUCGUUUAUCCUUCCACGAGUUCAUGCUAGUAUUUCGCAAAGCUCGGGCAGGAGAACUCGAAGAAGACUCUGGUUUAGCACAGUUAGCUAAACUUACGGAAAUCGAUGUUGAAAAAGUCGGCGUUAAUGGUGCCAAAGAAUUCUUUGAAGCUAAAAUUGUCGAACUGGCGAAAAAGAGUAAAUUUGAAGACGAAAUUCGCUUAGAACAGGAAGAAAGAAAGCGCCUCGAAGAAGAGAAAGCUAAUAGAAGACAACAGUUCUUAGAAAAAGCUGCAGUUUUUAAAUAUUGACCACGCCAUUGCCGUUUAAGGACACCACCCAUAAUUGUUUAUUUAGAAAUAUAUUAAUGUUCAAAGACCUUUGUUUUCUACGUCAAAUUAAUAUGAGUAAAAUCAUAUAAGUUAUAAAAUAAUCUUUGUUCCUAUUAUUUAUUUUUCCAAAAAUACUUUUCACAAAAGCUUUCUCAUUAUUUUCGUAUUCUCCAUUAUCCUUCACCUUUUGUAACUCCUCCAUAUAUUUCAUUGUCUACAAUCCCCCUCCCUUUAAACAAUAUUUUCCUUUUUUUUUCUUCUCACAUUUCAAAUAUUCAAAUAUUCUUUGGUUUUAUCCACAUGUCAAUAUUGUCUUGAACUCAUCAGGAUUCAACUUGAUCCAAUAACAGGUUGGAUACAUUGUAGUAUCGCAGGUCUCCUUCAUUUAAACAUCCUUUCAAAUAAAAUUUGAUUUUUUGUUUUUAUCAGUUUAGUUCUACUAGAGCAGUUGUUUAACAUUAUAUGAGAUUUGAUUUCUGUAUUUCAUGAUGAUAAGAAGUGAUAUUCCAAUUAAAUUUUAAUGUACUUUUCAGUAUUGCCGCUUAUAUUCUUGAUACUUCAAACCUGUAGCAAAGGUUAACUUCUAAGUUGUGUUUGUCCUCUUUCCCAGUCCUUAUUAGCUUACGUGAUAGUUACUACUAACUGUGAUAAUUUACAUGUAAUACUACUGGUUACACUAUCUUAAUUUCAAUUUCUAUCGUUUCAUUACCGCAAAAAUUAUGUAUAGAAAUAUUUGCUGACCCCCAUUGACCUACAGAUUAAAUAUAAUGAUGUAGAAAAUAAUGGAGCUUUGAAUGUAGCAUGUACCUAAUUUGUGCAUUUAUAAGCUUAUUGAAAUGUUUCAAACUGUGCCAGAUCAUUAUUUUUUGUUCGAUGGAAAACAAUUUCAAAAAUAAUGUGAAUUGCCUACAGUUCCUCAUGUUUAGAAAAAUACGAAAGGGUUCCAUUAAUUUUCAUUGGAUCUGAAAGACAAUUUUCACAAUAUAAAAUAUAAAUUAAUUGAAAAAAAAAAUGCCAUGUGGUUCUCUGAUAUAUUCAUACCUUCAGUUAAAUAUGAAAUUUGUUUCUACAGAUUUCAUAUUAAUUAGUUUCUAUCAAAGGCAAAUAUUUCGGUUUUUCUAAACUUACAGGUGCUUUAGAUCUUAGAUAUUCCAGUACCCCAUUGAACCAAUUUAUAUCUGGUACUCCAAAGUUUCGAAGUAUCCAUGAGUUCAUAUUUUAGAUUGUACCUUAGUUCAAUGUGGGGAAUUUUUUAAAUGAUUUCUAAGUCAUGGUUAUAAUUAAAAAUAUUUACUCAAGACGAAAAGGUAUAUAUCCAAUCAUCAAUUUAGUAGCAGAAUUCAAAUUAUUAUCGGUGUCAUGAAAUUCUUUAACAAUGAAAACAAAUGAUUGGAUAUCUAUCCAAUUUAUAAGGAAACAGGGGUAAUUUGCUCACUUAUUUUAUAGGGUUAGUCUCAUAAAUUGUACCACUUGUCAAAAUAACACAUUUAAAAACUAAGCAGCUUAGCCUGAACGGUGUCGUUUCAAAUUUGAGAGCUUUUUCUAAAAGUGGAAAGCAAAAUCUUUUCUCUCUGUUAACACAGCCUUCGUUGUAGGAGUUUGAUUAAUACUUCAACGAGGGAUUGCAUGUUUCUCAUUAUAAACAAGAUUGAUAAAAAAAUUCACUAAAAUGUAAAGUUUUGUAGGAGCUAUGGCCGUCAACAAAAAGUACUACAGACAAUUCUAUUCGAUUUACAACGAUAGAAAAAACAUGAGUAUAUAUUUGGAAAAGAAGUUUCUUGCUAUUCAUCUUGAAUCUGAGUGGUCAACCGCUGAAUCCAAUGGAACUCAAACGGGCCUGUUAUAGUAGGACGAUUGGAAAAAUUCCAGACUCAUUACAGUUAUAUAUUCGUCUUUGGUACUACAAAUUUUAUUCAAUUGAUUGUCUUUUAUGAAUUGAUCAAUUUCAGAUAACCAGUUCCUAAUUUGGUCUUCAGAUAGGGAUGAUCUGAUCUGCAAAACUUCUAGUCAUUAAAGGGGGAUAAUCACUUCAUUAUAUAUCCACUUAUACUGGCUCUAGUUAUAUUUCCUUAUCUAAAAGUCACCACCAAUAACUGCAGAGAAUGGAUAUUUGAGUAUUCUAGGUCCUACAUUGAAUCAUAUUUUCAACUAUAUAUGUUUCACCGUAACCCAAUCAUUUUCGUUUAGUUCAAUGACUCGAUUAGUGUUUUUCUUUAUUUAUGUUAGAGUAGGUUUUGGGGCUUCCAAUUCCUUAUUGACCCGUCUUGAGGUAUUGAGCAUUUUAUAUUUAUUUCUGGAAUCUUUUGCGAGUAAGCGUAGGAAGUAUUAUUUUUAAGACACUUCACUAUCUUCAGAUAGUGGAAUUCCACUAAUACUAACGAAUGUAUCAGAAAUAUCCAUUGGUACAUUUUCUAAAUGUAUUAACUACAUUACCAAUACCAAGGAAUACUUAGUAUGUUUGCUCAGCAACAGCCAUUCGAGACCAACUGCACUUUAUUGUCGAAUAUCUCUUAUGUUUAUAUAUAACCAGUAUUCGAUAACUCCAGGAAAAAACCAGGUGAGGCUGCCGUGUUGAGUUCAUGGUAUUUUUUUACUAAAUAUGAUCAUUGGUGCCACAUACUAUCCAACAGCAUUUGCACAGACAAUCAUGGUUGUAUUCAAACUUCUUCUUCGGCUCUAAUGUUUGUAUUUUUUUGGCAGACAUAAUAUCAUUGGAAUGGUACAAAUUUAGCAAUCCAUGGUUAAAAAUAAUCAAACCAACACUGAAUUCCACUCAAUUAUUGUAGACAGUUUAUAUGAAACAUGCAAAACUUCACUUUUUUAUAUUUUUUAACUUCACUACUUCACAAAAACUCUUGCAGUCUGCUUGAUUAUAGACCGUACGCCGUAUUUUAGAUUGGACAUAGCUCCCCAUGUAGAGGUUUCCAGAUAUCAAGAUGGUGCAGUUUUUCAGGCGGUACAAUAUAAGACACUUUCAUUUAUUAUUUUAUUAUGCUGAGCUUAUGUAUUAAUUGUGAUAAUUAUUUUUGUAUAGAUGUUUGAAUAUACUUUAUAAAAUUA